AUGCCGAAGGUGCAAGCUCCGCGCGCAAAUCGUCGCCCCGCCGCGAAACAAGCGACUCGUGCUCAUGCGUCCCGCACGAACGCGGCGGCGACCGAAGGUCAAUCGCGCGACUCAUUAAAAGGCCAUCGCGCGAGCCCCGAGCAUGCAGAGAAGUUAGAGCGAUUCUUUGCGGCCAACCCAUACCCCACCACGGAGGAGAAGGUGGGACUCGGGUUCGAGAUUGGCUGGACGGAGAAGAAGGUUACUGUCUGGUUCCAAAAUCGCCGGCAGAGAGAUACAAGAACCACGGCUCGACUUAAAUCCGCGUCGAACGCGUCUAGUUCGUCGGUCUCGUCGCAGGCGACAAGCCGGUCCAACUCGAUGACGCCGCUCACUCCUGCCACCUCGUUGUCUGCAACGUCUAUCGAGACCGACGAACCGUCGAAGGUUAUGGCGGAAUUCGGCUCCGCCAGUCUUCCCGUGGCGUUACGGCCUUUCUUCAAUCCGAUCCCUGCUGCUACGUCCAAAUCCACUGCGUUCGGGAACACCGUCAGGAUGCUUGUUGUGGCUGCUCUAGAGACGCUAGAUGCUGCGGAAACAUUGAUUUUACUGAAGGAGGGAACAUGCGGACCGUGA